GGGCAUUAUGACUGAAGAGCAAUUUGUUAACAUUGAUUUAAAUGAUGAUAAUGUUUGCAGCAUAUGCAAAUUAGGAACAGAAAGAGAGACACUUUCCUUCUGCCACAUUUGUUUCGAGCUAAGCAUUGAAGGAAUACCAAAGUUUGAUCUUCUUCAUACAAGAUCAUUAAGGGGACAUAGAGACUGCUUUGAGAAAUUCCACUUAAUAGCAAACCAGAGUUGCCCACAAUCAAAAUUGUCCAAAAGUACAUAUGCAGAAGUGAAAAACAUUUUGAGCAAAAAAAUUAAUUGGAUUAUACAGUAUGCACAGAACAAAGAUAGGGAUUUGGAUUCAGGAGGUUCGAAACCAACACAGCAUCGGAUUUUUAGUUUUAGACAUCAAAGAGAGAGAAAGUUACUUCCACAGUUUGAUUCCCAAGUCCCUAAAUAUUCUGCAAAAUGGAUCAAUGAAAGCUCUGGGAGUAUUACAAACUGUUCACAGAGUAUUCUAGAAUCAAGAGAAUCCAGUGAUUUUAGAUUUGACAUGUUGCAACAAAGAAGUGCACAAUUUUGUUGUAAUAAUUCAUUAUGGUCUAGUCAUAAUCAGUUAUCGGAAUUGGGAAAAACCAAAAAAGAUCCAGAUUCUUCUGUACGAAGAUUUCCACAAUACAGCAGAGAGCAGUUGAAUAUGAUGCCUCUGAGAGAAGUUGAGCAGCUGAAUGGGAAACUACUCAAACAAGUCCAUGAUGUGUUUGAAGAGUUAACGAAACAAGUACAAGAAAAAGACUCCUUGGCUUCUGAGCUUAAUGUCCGUCAUAUUGCUAUUGAACAACUGUUAAAGAACUGUUCAAAACUGCCAUGUUUACAGAUGGGACGGGCAGCCAUGAAAUCCAAUGUAUCCAUAUAGCCAUGGCAAACUUGCAUUUUCCACUUUUGCUUCUCUGUGAGUUAGACUUUGGGGAAAAACUUGCACAUUUGAGCAGUAUUUUGGGGGGAAAAUAAGCUUGUGGGUACACAAGGUAGCUAUAUGUAUUUGCAUUUUUAAAGACAAAAAUAAAGAUUGAUAGCAUUUUCAUUUUAUAUAAUCAUUUCCAGUAUUAGUUGAACUGUGUGAAUCCGUUGCUUCAUGGUACAAUGGGACACCAAGUCUUAAAAACAUGGUUGUUUAAGAGCCUCCCACAUGGUUAUGUGCAUGCAUACACAUUGUCCAAACAUCAUGAUAUGAUUACCAUCUCUAUACUUUGAGUAGUAUAUUUGAGUGAAUGCAAAAAAUCCCUCUAAAUUUUUUUUCCACCCUAAUAAAUAUUUUCCUUUGUCACAGAUUACCAAUAUUUCAGCUUAAUUUAACUAAUACUUCUAACCAUAUGUAAAUAACCUGGGAUAACAGGUGAAAUACAGUUUUAAGUAUUAAGAAAUAAUGGAACCACCAGUAUUCAUCUCAAUUUUUUUUAUUUAUUGCAAGCAAUAUUUUAUUACUGAAUUUUAUAAAAAAAGAAAACUAUUUUAGGUACUUUUCCACAUCUUUUUUAUAAGAGUUUUGAUUAUAAAUAGCAUUUUACCUGGUGUAAUAGGUGUUUACUCUUUUUUCAGGUCAAUGUAAAUUAUUUUUCAUGAUGGAAGUUGUUUUAAAAAAAGCUUGUUCCCAAAGACAUGAUCUCAGCAGUUGUAUAAUAUUACCUUUAAUUUUAAGAGUGUAUAAUUAUAUCAAGCAUCACAAAUUUAAGCCAAGAAUCUACUUUUGGAAUGAUGGUUCAGUCUUUGUUAAUAUAAGCAGAGCUCAACUUCAGUUUUAUAUGUGAAUUUCUAUUGUUUAUAAAAAUAAAUGGCUUUA